GUAUUCUACAAUAUCUGGUCCUUCCAGCGGGUAACUCGUGUCGCAUAUCACGUCCAUACAACAUGAUAGGCAUCAGUGCUUUUGACUGAUACAAGUCGUCGCUGGUAUCAUGGCCUGGGGCAGCAGCACCAAUAAGAGCGGCAGCUAUACAGCUAAUGUCGAGAUCCGUCCUGGUAACGACGGGGACAUAGAAGCAUUUUUUACUCGCAACGGAUUCGAUGGAAAGACCAGAGAGGUGUGCGAUGAAUAUGCUCGUGGGCAAUUCCCCGGCGUAGAACCGAUGCCUUUGCAGACGCAGGGCUAUUGCUCCUAUACGCUGAGCCUAUCAAGAAGCUAUCUGCUGCAGUUUCGGCCCGAGGCGUUCAUGUUGAAUAUAGACACUUGCCGAGAGGCCAAGGCCAUCUACGGCAGCUAUGCUCCGACGACGACGUAUCUGGGCGAGAUCCAGGGUAUCCCCCUUCAGCGCCUUGACGAGAAUGUUGAUCUACCAGUUAUGCAUGUCUAUCUGCAUAAAAGAGUCCCGGGAAUCCCACUAUCAGAGUUUCGAAGCAGGAGACAAGAUAAGAUGAAGGAGCGGGUGGUCAAAGCAGAGGAUAGCAUGUACAAGAGGAGGUUAAUGCGCGGACUGGCCAAGGUGUUUGCUCUCGGGUUCCGUGCAAGGCAGCCUUUCCGAGAAGAUCUCCCCAAGGGACGGAUUGGCGAGUCGAUGCAAUGGCGGCUGAACCUCCUGAGCGGCCUGCCCUCCAAAGACACAGAUCUCCAAAGACACGUCACAGAGGCGCAGAGCCAAUUCCUCAGCAUUCAGUCAUCCGACUGGUGUCUCACCCACGGCGACCUCCUCCCGGCAAACAUUCUCGUCAACCCAAGGACAGGCCGUCUCACAGGCCUCAUUGACUGGGCUGAAGCAGAGUGGCUGCCCUUUGGCAUGGCUCUCUAUGGCAUCGAGGAAGUCCUCGGAGAGGUUGUCGAUGCUUCUCAGAAGUUUGAGUACUACUCGGACCACCGAGAGCUGCGCCAGCUCUUCUGGUGCGAGUUUCUGUCUUUGACGAGACAGAGGCAGAUGAGUACAGGACAGAUACAAGGGGUGGAAGCGGCGCGGAAGCUGGGGAUUCUGUUUUGGAGGGGAAUUGCGUUUGACGACGGGAGGAUGGAUCGUGUCGUGGAGGAGGGGAGGGAUGAGGAGGAGAUGCAGAAGCUGCGGCUUUUCUUAGGAGCGCCGAGUAUUUCCGACAGAACCGGAAGAGUGCAGGCCGGCAAAUGGGUUUGGGAUCUUGAGCAUUUUGCAUGGUGCUGGUGGAGGAUGAGGAGGAGAGGGGAAAAUACAUGUAGAUACCUACCUAGGGAAGACGUGAUCCAGUAG